CCCGGGCGUCCGAGGCGGCGCUGUCCCUGACCGAGCGGCGGGAGCGAGGGUUCAGAGAUGGGCAGUGAGAAGGAACAGAAUCCAGAACAGCACCUGCCUGAGGACGGGGAGCAGGGUAAGCCUUGGAGAGUGGAUGACUCGGAGGGUUUUCGGAUUCCAGAUGGGGAGAAAGAGCACGAGCAAGAGGGCGUGUCAGAGGGACCAGAAGGGGCCCAUCUCCAAAAGUCAUGGCAGAAAGACACUGCCCCAGCUGGAGAGCCAGGGGACCCCCUGGCUCAUGCAAGGCCCGAGGCCGGAGAGAAGCCCUUUAUCUGUGCCCAGUGUGGCAAAACCUUCAAUAAUACCUCCAACCUGAGAACACACCAGCGGAUCCACACCGGUGAGAAACCUUACAAGUGUUCUGAGUGUGGCAAAAGUUUCUCCAGAAGUUCUAAUCGCAUCCGGCAUGAGCGGAUCCAUCUAGAAGAGAAGCAUUACAAAUGCCCCAAGUGUCAGGAGAGCUUUCGGCGGCGCUCAGAUCUCACCACGCACCAGCAAGACCACCUGGGCAAGCGGCCGUACCGCUGUGACAUCUGUGGCAAGAGCUUCAGCCAGAGCGCCACACUGGCUGUGCACCACCGGACCCACCUUGAGCCGGCGCCCUACAUCUGCUGUGAGUGUGGGAAGAGCUUCAGCAACAGCUCCAGCUUUGGAGUGCACCACCGCACCCACACGGGCGAGCGGCCUUAUGAGUGCGCCGAGUGUGGGCGGACUUUCAGCGAUAUCUCUAACUUUGGAGCACACCAGAGGACCCACAGAGGGGAGAAGCCCUACCGGUGCACUCUGUGUGGGAAGCACUUCUCCCGGAGCUCAAAUCUUAUCCGCCACCAGAAAACACACAUGGGAGACCAGGCUAGGGAGGAGCCCAGCUAAAGGAGAGACCCACUGAGAGAGUGAGGGAGAGCCAGUGAGAGACCCCAGCCUAGUAUAGGAAGAUCUCUAGGAUCUGCUGCUGCCCCCUUCACCUCAAGCCUUUCAUCCCAGUUGGGCUUCUUGUUGCCAGUAGCUAGGGUCUCUGGGAAGUCCUGUGGUGGGACUCAGCAAAAAUCCUUGCUUUUUCCCAGGCUAGUUUCUUACCUUGAAAAGUCAGAGGACCUGGUAUUGGUGUCAUCGCCUUAGAGUGAAGGAGAGUAAGGAAAGGCUUAGUACAUGCUCACAUCAUGGAGGCAGCUGGCUCCUGACAUGAGGAAGUACCUGUGAGAUGGGCGUCCCUGUCUGAAGGGCGCCCAAACCAUAUAUGAACUGCAGUGGCCUGCUAGCUCCUACCUUCUGCGGCCCAACUUUGCUUCCACAUCUUUGGGCAAGGGGAGCAGCCUUCCCAAUGGAGGGGAUCCCCUUGGCUUGGAGAAGAGGUCUGAGGCCCAGGACUUUCACACUCCCAUGUUUGUGACUUACUACCCCCAUUCACCUGCAUCUAUUUCCCCAGGUGAUUAGCAGUA